AUGCUUCAAACAGAACAAGAUUAUAAUCAGGAAAUGACAAACGGUACAACUAUUUCGGUUGCUAGUACAUCACCUAUAAACCAGCAAGGUAUUAUUUCUGAUAAAGAUUGGAAUUUACAUGCAUCAAAUGUAUCUAUGCUAAGUGAGCUAAAGAAAAAGCAAAAGGAAUUGCAAUUGAAUAUUGAAGCUUUUUCUAGUACUGUUCCAUAUUUGGAAUAUGAAAACUAUAAUGAAUAUUACGUUUUAAAGACCUUCAAAAGAGGAAAAUCAAUUAGUGGAAUAGUGGAUUUAGAACAAUUAAAGAACAAUCAAUACGGAGAUUAUUAUGAAAAAAUUACAUACGAUCAUUUAAAGGUAAAUGAUAAGAAUGAAUCCAAGAUUUCAUCUCAUGAAUCAUCAUUGAAUGUUUCUCCAAUAAUAGAGAGUAAUGAACCCAAAAAUACUGAUACAAUUACACCAUCAUCUAUUGAUAAUAAAGCUAACGAACCUCCAGAUUCAAUAAUGACUAGAAUACGAACAAGAACAAGAGGCAAUAAAUCUAAUGACAGACAAAUGGUAAAACCUGAACUGAAAGCCAAAAUCCAGAAUUCCAGCAAUACUAUAAAGAAUACAGCUACCUCGAAACCUAUCAAUUCUCUAUAUGAAGUUAUCGUGCCCAAGGAUAAAUUUCCUGAAAGAAGAUCAGAUUGGAUAUUGCCACAAAGGAAAAGGUAUGUUAUGAAAGCCACAAGGAACAGCACUCCAAAAGUUCCAUAUAUUACUAUAUCCCGAUUAUUUAAAGUUCCAAAGAUUGAAAGAUUAAUCAAUAGUAAACAACAAUCGAAAAAGAUAAAAAGAUCCAAACGAUAA